AUGACUUUGUUGUUCCAGCAUGAAUCUCAAUGUGAACACAUGCCUAUGUGGGGCAUUCAGCCUGGGCCUUGCCCUGUGCAUUUCGGAGGCUUUCUUUGCGGAGCUGGCUACUUGUGGCGACUUCCGGAAGGGCCAGCACAGCAAUCCCCCCACCUUGUGGAAGCUGGCCGCAAGAAGGCCAAUGCUGAAGUUUGCAGGGGCGACGAAGGUCCCUCGACGCCAACCGAGGACAUCGAAGAGCCAGCCAUCACACUACAGAAGGUGCCAUUACCAGUCGUGGAGCCGCCCGCAGAGCAGGAGGAGAGGCAGGUGCUGUUUGCGUCCGAGCCAAGUUCCGAAAGUCAGAACUUGGGCAAUUACUCCCUGUGGCAGUGGCUUGAUGGAUGGUUUGAAGCCAGGCCAGGCUCCCCCGAAACCCCGGAUGGAUGGUCCGGCUCCCCUGGUGAAGUCGCUGACCUGUCAGACCGGGCAUCAUUGGAAGCUUGCGAGGACGCUGAUCUCGCAGAUCCGCCUUUGGUGUUGGCGGACGUUUACCGACAAGCACGAGAGCCAGAGCGGGAAGCACUGGAGCAGCUGCUAGACUACCACAUCAUCUCGCAGCAUGAGUUUCACAACUCCGAACUUCCUCGUGAUCACCUUUCCAGACUCCUCAGGGUUGGUCUUGAGCUCGUCGCCAAGCCUGUUCCACUGACGCAGGUGGCCGCCGCAGAGUACACAAGGCGGCGCAUGGAGGAGUUGGAGCCACCUCAUUGGGUUCGAGACAUGCUGGCCAUUCUGCGGGGAGGCGACGCCAAAGAAGCGUUUGAGAUUUGCCAGCAAAUCCGAAGCCUCCCGGUAGAAAGUGUAGACCUUCUGCAGCAGGCCGGGGUGAAACAGGCCAUCAUAGCUGCCACGCAAAGGCAUCCAUGCAUAUCGCUCCAGGGUGACAAAGCUCUCGCCUGGCUCCAGAGCGCAGCCUAG